UCCAUUUGCUUGUCAAAAAUCCGAACAGCGAAGGUGGAUAAUGGAUUAGACUCUCUACAAAGCCAUUCUCCAUGGCUUAGCCUGAUCUGAUCUCUCUAAAAUUUCACAGAACUAAAGAAUAAUGGCUCCUGGAAAUACUCCAGUGAGUGAAGUUGGUAAAAAAGAAAUGACGAGUGAAAAAACUACAGUGAAAUACAACUCGGCUGAUAAGCCUAAGGCCGGUGCCAAAGCAGAGCUCGCCGAUGGCUACACCAAAGAGAAAAGAAUUUUGGAGACGUUCAGUGUUCUAUAUUUUGCCAUUCUGAUGUCUGUAUUGACCAGCUGUUUAUUGAAGAAUUUUAAAGUUGACCAGCUACAAGGGAUGAUCUUAGGAAUCUUUGCAGGAAUCCUUACUGCUGAUUUUCUAUCUGGGCUUGUGCAUUGGGGUGCAGACACAUGGGGUUCUAUCGACCUACCAGUUGUUGGAAAAGCUUUUAUUCGUCCAUUCAGAGAACACCAUGUGGAUCCAACGGCCAUCACUCGGCAUGACUUGAUUGAAACAAAUGGUGACAACUGCCUCAUUACCCUCCCCACCCUGACUGCUAUAACCCUGAAACACUUAAUAUGCUCUCAGGAAACCAUCGACGCAUGGUACCCUUGGGACUUCUUCUUCUUUUCUCUCGGCAUCUUUGUCAUGCUGACAAACCAGAUCCACAAGUGGUCGCAUACCUACUUUGGAUUACCAUGGUGGGUGGAGAAACUCCAGCAAUGGCAUAUCAUCUUACCAAGGCUACACCAUAGAAUCCACCACGUCUCUCCCCAUGAAACAUAUUUCUGUAUCACCACUGGCUGGUUAAAUUACCCACUUGAAGUAAUAAACUUCUGGCGAGGGUUAGAGUUUGUUAUUACCAAGACGACAGGGGCUAUACCAAGAUCAGAUGAUCUCAAUUGGGCUUCUAAAGGAAAAUAGACUGAUAGUAACGGUGUGGAUCCAAGAGUUUUAAAGCGGGAUGUCUAUUACGGAGUACCUCGCACCAAUACCGUCGAAAACCCAUAAAAGGUGGAAUAAUUCUGUAAAAAAAAUUGUCUCAAAUUUAAAUUGACAGAAAUUAAAUUUGAAAGCUUCAAGUAAACUGAGUGAAAGUUUAUUUUUAACAUACAAAUUUCUCGCACUCUGAUUGGCUUCUCCUUACACUUCUUGAGUGCUUACCCCACUUCCUGCGUGCUUUAUUACUGAACGGAGCACGAAACUGAUACUGUGAAUCUCGGCGGGGUAUGUUGAAGUCAAAAUGUUGAAGUCAAAAUGUAAGCCAAAUGUUCUAUGCCUCGUGGAUCCACACUAUUUUAACGUGAUGCCGCAACAUCUUGUCAGUUUGUUAAGUGAAAAAAAGCUUUCAGUAAUAGACGAUUAUACAUGAGAAGACACAUUUAUAUGCCGGAAUACAACUCGAACAAAGAAUCUCAUUCUCAUAAAAUCACGAAGAAAAAAAACACUACGCCCAAGCAUAGUUAAUGGGUUACUCCGACGAAGGACUAACGUCCGAUUCAAUUUAUCCACAAAUUUCCUAAUGGCAUUCCGCCCCAUUAACUAUGGCCCAAGCUAAAAAGAUCUAUUGAAAUGGCUGUAACUGUAUUUAGAAAAUCAAAAAUUGAAACCCUGUGCAUAUAAUUAAGACAACUUUCCUCUUACUAGCGGGGUUGUCUAAUAAAUGUGAAGGCAUUUAGAGCGAUUUUACUUCGCUCGUGAAACA